AGAAAAGUUCAACCAUUUGCCUGUGUCACGUACUGGCAGAUAGGGAUUCGUAUCAAACCCUCAGUUUCGGGAAUAACAUUUCAAAUCUGGUGCGAUAAUUUUGCAGCAUAUGACGUCACAGUGUGCGCCACACGCCAUGUUUCCGCCGUGACGCAUGCGUAAUUUUGAGAAGUCUUGUUGGUUGAGGAGCUGUCCCGGUUUUGUCAUUUUUGCUAUCAAAUAAUCUUAUUGAUUCAAAUUCGGUUGUAAACACAGUUAGAUCAUGUCGAAACAAGAUCAGAUUUUAACCAUAGAGCCUCAACAUGAGCUGAAGUUUGUAGGGACCUUCACAUAUCCGAUCACUUCUUAUAUUAAACUAUAUAAUCCAUCAGAUAAAAAAGUGGGAUUUAAGAUUAAAACUACAGCACCAAAGAAAUACUGUGUUCGACCAAACUCUGGGGUAUUGGCUUCAAAAGAAUUUACUGAUAUUGCUGUGAGUCUUCAGGCACAUGAUUUCGAUCAAUCAGAGAAAAACAAACAUAAAUUCAUGGUGCAAACAAUGUUUGUACCUGAUGGAGAAAUAAACCUCGACUCGCUGUGGAAGGAUGUUAAAGAGGAGGCUGUAAUGGGCACCAAGUUGAAAUGUGUGUUCGAAAGGAAGGACAGUAAUACUACCGGAGCAGGAACAGGAUCGUCAACUGCUAUUGAAGCAUCUAAUGCUGUUGUCAGUAGCUCAGCUCCCUCAAGCCAUGAAGACAAGACUAAAAGAAUUGGUGACUCGCCAAGUGUCCACCAUCAAGAAGGAGAACUUCAAAAGCCAGCUAAAGAUGCUUCCUUGCGGCAAGAAAACAUGCUGCUGAAGGAGGAGAUCUUGAGACUGCAGCAGCUUGUGAAAUCUGAGGGACAUGGUCAGUCUGCCCCAAUGCGUUCGGCAACCUCAGCUGUUCAACAAGCACAACCCGUUCAACCUCUGUUGGUCAUCAUCGCUAUUGUUGUUGGAAUGGUCGGAAUUGUCCUUGGAAAGUUUAUUCUCUGAUUGCAUGUACUUAAUGCAGCUUCAAAUUUGAAGAUAUAUGAAAUUUAUAUUUGGCAACAGCAUCUGAAUUACUUGAUAUCCCUUCCCUCCAACUUACUCUCUUGUUGCCUUAGUCACGUCUCCAUUCCACUUAAAAUUUAAUAUAUUAGUGGAUUAAUUCUUAUUCCCAGGCAAGAGUUCCUCAUUAUACCUUUCUUAUCAGCCAUACUAUCGAAGGGUUGUACUUUUAGACUCCUCUUACAGUCUUGCACUCAUUUCAUGUAUGACAUUUUUGGUUUUGUUCUCACUUGUUGGAUAUUUUAGCUUUUGGCUGAUAAUUCAUGACGAACUAUUGGGUAGUUAAAGGUAGAUGCAUUUGGUAGUUUGCUGAGUUUGCUUGAGCUCUCACACAUUCAAAACAUAAACUUAGCUGACAUUUGAGGAGUAAAUUGUUAUAAAUAUGCAACCAAUGAAAUUAAAGAUUUUUUUUUUUUUA